AUAAUUAGUUCAUAUUGUGUUUUCACCUCAAGUUCAAUGAAGCUGUCAGUGUUGCUGCUGUUGGCCCUGCUGGCUCUGUCCACAGCCAGUCCUCUGGACAUCUUGAACAGCACAGAGCAAAGAAAAGAACUCAGUCCUGAAAUCACUGCAAGCAGAUGGAGGCUAACUUAUCGACCUUUUUGGAAUUUAAGCCAGAAGUCUGACGAUGGCUCUAACCUGAAGUGGGUGACCUGGAACAACUUUCUCCCAAACGACGCAGUUUCCAUUCACAAUGAUUAUGUUGAUCGCAUUGAUUAUGUCUGCAAAUACAUGUGUGAGGCUGGCUUUUAUACCCCCAGCAAGGGUCCUUAUUGCCACUAUCCAAAUGCAAAAAAAGCAUAUUCGGGUUCCCCGUUUGAGAUCCUGGUGAACAAAAACAACUUUGAGAUCCUGGAGUGGAAGGAGGAUUCAUACGGUUCAGUGUUCCAGAGUUCAGUCAGAACCUGCCCUCGGGGGGACACAUAUGUAGGGAAGAACAAAUAUGGACUUGGGAAGGUUGCUACUAAAGAUAAGGCCUUCUACCUGCCUUGGUAUGAUGAUGAAUAUUGGUACCACUACUACCAGGUCCUGACUAUCAAUGAGGAUAUAAUCAGCCAGCAGAUUUACAACGUCAGGUACAACACUGAUGAGUCUCAAAUCUUCCACUAUCCUCCAGAGGUCAUGCGUAACUCCACGAUCAAGAACUAUAACUGCAACACAGUGGUGCAAACAGAUUCCCUCUCAAAGACAUAUGAGGUAGAGCACAGGUGGGGCAUUAGCUUUUCUGUCACAGUUGGUGUUACUUUGACCUUCUCUGCCAGCAUCCCCCUAAUCACUACCAGCGGUAUUCAGUUCAGCACCGAGGUUUCCUUCGAUUACUCCAAGGGAAACACGAUGGUAGAGGCCACCACUAAUACUGUUUCUGUGCAGAUCAUUGCCCCACCAAACCACUCCUGCAUGGUUAAUAUGAUGCAGUAUAAGUACAAAGUGGACAUCCCGUUCACAGCAAGCCUCAACCGCACCUACGCUAACGGGGUGAUCCACAGGACUUCCAUCACUGGGACGUAUGAUAGUGUUCAGGUUGUAGAAGUCCAGGCCAUGGUGGACCGAUGUGAACUUCUAGAAAACUCCCAGCCUUGCACAUGAUGUCUGACAUAAUAUAUCUGUAUGUUUGAUGCUUUUUUACACUUCCAACUUUUGAUGACAUAGCUCCUGUUCCUGUUGAGUGUUCAGUGCAGUUAUUGUAAAACACUUUGGAUGAAACCCAAAUGAAUGUAAUGCAAUAAAAUUAAUAUGAAUAUGAACAGCUUUUUAAAAAUGUUUCACCUUAAUGAAUUGUUGCGUACAAAAUAAAAUCACAUGGCGGUUUAAAGUCCCCCUUCACUUCAAAGUGUUUUUCUUAUUGUUACUUCACUGUUGAAUGUGUGAGCUACACUGUGCAGUAGUUUGACCUCUGAAAUAGUUUUAGCAUAUUAAAAUGCUGUGUCACAUUUCCAUACUACUACUACUACUAAUUGUAUACAGGAGGCAAUCAAACUGUGACUUUAGAAUAUUACAGCUAAUUUAACGUAAUUACAAUGUUCUUUUCAGUUGGUUUUCUGAGUUGUUCUUUUCUGAUUGUAAUUAGUGGGAAUUUUUCCCAGCUGUGAGCAGCUCCUCCACUUCCAUUGUUUGUUGCAUUGCAUGAUAUUGAGCACUCUCAAGAAUCUGUAAUUUUUUAGUAGGGCUGUUUUAAAUAAUAUUACUUCCUUGUCUCUUUUCCAGACAGAUUAUAAACCUUCUUAGAAUACGUAUGUAGACGUGGAAUUGGGACACAGUCUCAUAAAGUUUCAAUUCAGAGAGAAGGAGGAAAUGUAAUUUUAAGAACUUCUAACGAAGUAAUUGAAUUUUUGUUCUGGAAAUAUCGUACCAGACACAUUAUUCUUCCAUGCAGAU